AUGAGAGAAGGUGCAGACUUCCAGAAGGGAAUAGAAGAGUUUUCAACAGGACUUGAAAAAUUUGACUGCUUGGAAUGGGGAACAAGAGUUUCACGGGAAAUGAUCCAGGAAGCAUCCAUGUACGGGGAGGAGGGAAGAGAAGACAGACGGACAGGUCAGCAACCAUAUCAGAAGAAAGCAAUACGCAAUGCACACAGCUCCGCUGAAGCCCUUCACAGGCGUUUAAGUGGCAGCCAAGGCGCAACGCCGUUCCUGGCGGCCCGCGACAAGGGCAAGCGCCAGCUGCGUCACACCACCCCGGCGCAGGCUGCAGCCGCCAUUUUCCUUGAUCUUUUCCACUCAGAGACCUUGGAGACAUCUGCUCGCUACCCAGCUAUAAGUCCUAUGCAGGCCCGGGUAGCAUUUGUGGGAGAAAAUACACUGUGGAAAAACUGUGAAACGCUGGUGAAUCGAAUGUGUCGGUUAGAGAGUGUUGUACAGACACUAAAGUUAAACAUCUUCCGUCUACAGACAGAAAAAGAGCCGAAUCCAAGGCAUGCAGCCCAGUUGGAGCAGCGGCUGAAUGCAAUGCAGGAAGAGCAUUUGCAGGAAAUGAAGAUUGUACAGCAAGAGGCAGUGAAAUUACGCCAGCAGCUAAGUGAUAUGAAAGAGGCUGAAGAAAAGGCAAAAGAAGAAGUUCAAAGACUGAGUGCUGCUCUGGAGAUUAGAACUGCAACCAAGCUAACAGAGCAGCUGUCCCAGGAGAUGGGCCUGCGGGAAUCUUUGGAGGAAUCCCAAGCAACCAUGAUGUGUCAUGUACAGAACAUGGAAACAACAGUAGAAGCAGAACGGAAGCAGGUGCAGAUAUUGCAGCAGGACUGCCAGGAGUUGCGUAAAGAUGUCCAGCUAGCCCGAGAGAGUCUGCAAGAGGAGGAGGAGAGAACCGCGCAGCUGGAGCAGCAGUGCACACAACUGAAAGCUGAGCUGGACUCCAGGAACUGUAUCAUUUCCCAGCUUGGUGAAGAAGCAAGAAACGCACAGCUGUCCUUUAACAGACAACAAAAAGAGAACCUGCAGCUUCAGUCUAAAAUAAUUGCCCUGCAAGAAACAGCAGAGAAAGUACAGGUCCUUAAUGACCACUUAAGCCAGCAAUGCUCAGACCUCAGCACCGCGCUUCAAAGUGUUGCCAUGGAGAAUGUUAAACUUAUUUCAGAUCAUCAGGACACCCUUAAGGCAGAACAAGAAAAGAUGACUCGGCAGCUGCAGGAGCAAGACUCACUUCUGGAUGCUGCCUGUGCUGACAUUCUCGGGGAGCUGCAGAACGUGCAGCAUGAGAGGGCUCAGCUUCAGAAAGAGCUGGAGGCCUUGCAUACAGAGCAUGGCAAAUGCAGACAGAAAGCAAGCCUCAAAGAGGGAGCAGCCACCACCCAGAGAAAGCUUCUGCAGUGUACUGUUGCUAGACUGCAAAGUGAACUGGAAACAGCUUUGCAAGAGAGAGGAUCUCUGCUAGCAGAAAAGGAAGAUCUUAAACAGGAGCUAGAAAUGGCUUCAAUGAAAUCCUCUUUGCAGACACUAGUAGAAGAAAACAAGAGGCUAUUGGAUCGCUUGGCUGCACUGGAACACCAGCAGCAUGCCCAGCAGCAGGUGCAGCAGGUGCAAGCAGAGCUGACUAACAGCAAGAAUAGACUGGCCUAUGACAAAGGAAAACUUCAGAUGGCAAACUUGCAGCACCAGCUGGAGGCAGCAAAGAAUGACAACAGUAAGGUGACAGCCAUGCUGGAGCAAGUGUUAGCUUCUCAUAGCAAGAUGCAGGCAGCUCUGGAGGUGGUACAAACAGAGCUGGGACACAAGGACACCGAAAUCAGCAGUCUCAGAAAAGACAGGAGCCAGAGUCAACAGAAAAUACAGAGGUUAGAAACAGAAUUGGAACAUUGCCAAGCCAGAGCGGUUGCCAUGGGAAGCCAGCACAGCAGCCAGGUGGAACCACUUUGUAAAGCACUAGAAGUUACUAGAACAGACAACAAGAAACUUGCUCUUCGUUUGGAACAAGCUCUGCAGGCCAACAAUACCUUGCAGAACAAGCUGAUUCAGAGUCAGUAUGACCUGAAAAGCAAAGAAGCUGAGCAUCAACAGCUGGUAGUCUGCAGGAAACAGCUAAUGGAAGAAGCCCAGACUGAGGAAAAGAUGUAUGCCGAACGCUUAGAGGCUUUGAAGAAGCAGUUUCACAUUGAGCAACAGGCUUCUAGAAAAGCUGCCCAGCGGGAAUCUGCUGAGCUCAAAAAGGCCCUUGAAGAAGCAUCCUCCAAACUGGGUGAAGUUUCACGUGCUAACAGGGAGCUACGGCAGAGAGUAACAGAGCUGGAGAAGUCUUUGGCUAGCUACAAGGAAAAGCUGAAAAGCCAGAGAGCUCAAGUCAGACAUUGCCUGGCCUCUAAAGCUAGCAACGCUCAGAACACAGAGAGGAUAAAGGAGAUUGAAUCUGAAUUGAGGGAAAUGGAAGCAAUAAAAGAGCAGUAUCAGAAGAAGAAUUAUGAACAGUCACAGAAUAUCCAGAAAUUUGUGAAAGAGUUAACAAGUUUGCAGACUGAGAUGCAAGAGUUGUUGAAAAACCAACAUGAAGUACAAACACAGAACAGGCAGCUAGAGACCCAGCUGGAAGUGGAGAGAAGGCAAGGGCAGCAGCUGGAAAACAAGUGUCAGAGAUUGGAAGAAACAGUCAAACAGCUGAAGAAGUGUAAAGAAGAAACAGAACAGAAACUGAAGGAAGCCAGGAUAGAAUCAGAACAGAUCACAGUUAACCUGGAGGAAGCUCACCGCUGGUUCAAGUCUAAGUUUGACAGCCUGCAGCCAGAACUUAUAAAAAACCACCAGGCAAAGGACACUGAAGAGAGUGGCUCUAGAAGGGAGGAGAAAAAGCAACCAGAGCUCCCUGCCCAACCCUUCCUGGGUGGCCAGGCAAGGACCCAGCCCCUCCAGCUCACCGCCAGGAAGGCCCGGGUGACCUGGGCAGGAAGUGAGCUCACCUGACAGGUGAUUCCUGGCCCAGGGCUACCUGGGGGUGCCACAGCAGCAGCAGCAGCAGCAGCACAGGGAGAGCAUCACCUACUGCCAGAGACUCCCUGCUAGCACCCAGGUGUUGGGAGUGUCCUCAGCCACAGGGAGCUGCAUGCUGAUGGAGAAGACUUUUUAACGGGGUAUGAAACAGGGGCCUUACUCAAACUGUGAUAGAUCUCUAUCACUAAGAAGACCUUGCAAAUAAAAGGUGUAGUGACCAGCUGGCUGACAGGACACUGUGUGUAGGGGACCUAGCAAUGCUGAUUUAUAUUGUGUGCUCUGAUUUGAAUUAAUUCUUCCCUCUCACCUGUCCGACAUUGCAGGGAUCUCUGUGUGUGUGAGAUAAGCUUUCUAAUAGGAUUGUCUUUUGCAACUAGCAUACUUUGUAUCAUGAAGCUGAUAUUAACAAAGCCACUAUUUAUAGCAAAGAAAUUAUUCUUCUGUAUGUAUCAUUCCUAUAGACUAUACGCUGCUGACUGCUAAGUCUUUGUGUUCAUCACUUUUCUUUUAGCAGCUUUAGAAUGAGCCUUGGCAGGUGCUAUCAAAACAGAUCUCGGACUGGUUUGCAGAGGAUUCAGGUGAAUUACUGAAGGCAGAGUCAUACGCCUGUGGCUGGAUGCUGACGUGAUCAGGACAGGGAAGACCUGGCAGGACUGGCUGCUUCUAAUGAUAGCUGAUGUCUGGGUCAUGAGAAAACACAGGCCUCAGGCUAAUUUUAGGAGCAUAUAAGGAAUUCAUUAGGUUUGUGACACUGUACCACACAUCCUGUUAUCUACAUAAGACUCAUAAGAAUUAGUGGAAUUUAUUCAGUUUAUCCCACUGUGGAAUAUAACUCUGGGGAAGGCGUCAUUGCAGCAGAUGGCUUAGGUCAUAGUAAGUUGAAGGUGAUGAUUGUUUAUAACACAAACAGUUUUCAUUCUUGUUCUACUACCAAUCAGCUCAGCGUCUUCAUGGCUUGCUUUUCCUUCUGGAGCUUCCAAAACAACUUUGCUUCAGUACAGGUGUUGCUGCAUUGCAUUCUGGUUUGUUUUACAGUGCUAUUUGCCGACUCCUCUGUGAGCCAUGAUACCAUUUAUUGCUGGGGAAACUAUAUAUGUUGUUUAGAAUGUUUGUGUAGUGGGGAGGGAAGGCUCGCUUAGCUCUGGAGCCUGAAACGCACUGAAUUAAGUCAUUCCAGUCCUCCAGAAAUGUGGUCCUAAACUGUAUGACAGUAGUCUGGACUAACUUUUAGAGACGUGACCCUCUCCUUCUUGAAGGAAACGGACAUGCUAAUGAACAAGGGCCUACUAAACAGACUUAAGGCUAACACACAUCUUUCAUUUACCUGCUCAUCAUUGAAUUGUUGUUGCUGCUUAAAAAACAGGCUGAUGUAAUGUGACUGUAGGUUAGUCCUAGUGGAGCCAGCUCCUUCAGAGAUAAACCGGCCUGUGUGCAGCAACUGCUCCUUAAAUCUGAUUUGGCUUAACUUAAUCUGUGCAUCUUUAACUCCAUAGUGCCCUCAGGCAACGAGCAGUCCAAACUGUAAUCUAGCUUUGCGUGUAUUAACUCAGACUGCAGAGCAGUCAGCCACAGCUGGAAAAAACUCUUCUAGAAUAGAAGCGUUAACACUUUUUUUUUUUUUUAAAUGAAUGAAUCUCAU